CUUUCUCAGCGCGCCGGCCUCGUGGCCCUGCGCCUGCGCACGCCUCCCUCGGAGAGCACGGGCUCAGCGACCCCGCGAGAGGUCGCUGGGGCGCGCAAGGGGGCGGAGCUGGCAUGACUGAUCAGGCGCGCUCGCGUCCAGGGUGACGCGGAAGGGAGCUGGGAGCAGGCGAGGUCGGAAGACUGGGCUGGCUAGAGCAGCCCGGUCGGGGAGGGGUUUGUGGGUGGUGCAUAGGGUCCCGGUCCUCUCUGGGCCGAGAGCCCGUUCUCGCUGUCGCGCUCGGUGCAAGGAGCAGAUCCGGGGCAGGGGCCGCGGGCGGGAGGAAGGAGCAGGUCCAGGGGGCGCCGCCGCCGCCGCCCCCCGGGGAAUCUGUCCGCCUACCUGCCCGCCCCUACGCCCGCCCGCUGCGGGCCCAGCAGGCCUAGGAUGCCUGCAGCACUUGUGGAGAACAGCCAGGUUAUCUGUGAAGUCUGGGCCAGCAACCUAGAAGAAGAGAUGAGGAAGAUCCGAGAAAUUGUGCUCAGUUACAGUUACAUUGCCAUGGACACAGAAUUUCCAGGUGUUGUAGUAAGACCAAUUGGGGAAUUUCGAAGCUCCAUUGAUUACCAGUAUCAACUUCUUCGAUGUAAUGUUGACCUCCUUAAAAUUAUACAACUGGGCCUCACAUUCACAAAUGAGAAAGGAGAAUAUCCUUCUGGGAUCAAUACCUGGCAGUUCAACUUCAAAUUCAACCUUACAGAGGACAUGUAUUCCCAGGAUUCCAUAGAUCUCCUUGCUAACUCAGGGUUACAGUUCCAGAAGCAUGAAGAGGAAGGUAUUGACACUUUGCACUUUGCAGAACUGCUUAUGACCUCAGGGGUGGUUCUCUGUGACAACGUCAAAUGGCUUUCAUUUCACAGUGGUUAUGAUUUUGGCUACAUGGUAAAGCUGCUUACUGAUUCCCGAUUGCCAGAAGAAGAGCACGAAUUCUUCCAUAUUCUGAACCUCUUCUUCCCAUCUAUCUAUGAUGUGAAAUACUUGAUGAAGAGUUGCAAAAAUCUUAAGGGAGGUCUUCAGGAAGUUGCUGAUCAGUUGGAUUUGCAGCGAAUUGGCAGGCAACAUCAGGCAGGCUCAGACUCACUGCUCACAGGAAUGGCUUUCUUCAGGAUGAAAGAGUUAUUUUUUGAGGACAGUAUUGAUGAUGCUAAGUACUGUGGACGGCUCUACGGCCUUGGCACAGGAGUGGCACAGAAGCAGAAUGAGGACGUGGACUCCGCUCAGGAGAAAAUGAGCAUACUGGCUAUUAUCAAUAACAUGCAACAAUGAUGACAGGGUACAGCUCUGCAGGACGUGCCCAAUUCCAUACUGGUACUUGCUGUCCUGACUGGUCUCUGUAUAUGUGGAUCUUUCUCUCCUUCUCCAACAGAAAGAGCUUCUAUUGAGUGAAUUGUUCCUACAGUCUGCAUUGAGCAGAAAGACUUUCAUUUUGCUGAAGACAAGUGAUGUCUUCAUUUUAGAUCCAGAUGAAAGAAGUUCACUCUGAAUUUGUAAACAAGUCUUCCCCCAGUCCUCUAGUUGCCACCUACCACCAGCAUCUAUAGCUCACUUGACACCUUUUUAAUAUCAGGGACAAGUCAGAAACAAGUAAAAUGUAUAUAACUCUUACCUGUUGUCACUCUUUUCAUUUUAAAAUUUGUUGCUAAUCUUUUGAGAAUGAAGACUUGCCUCUGAUAACUCAGCUGAGCUGAGAGCUGCUAAUGAAAACACGACAAAAUGGUGUACUUGUGGACUGCUUUGUAGAUGCUUGGUUUUUUUAAUUCUCCUGAGGGAAUUUCCUUAUACUUACUAGUUAGUUUUUCUUUAUAUUACAUGAAAAUGAACUGCUCACUGCUAGAAUGGAAACUUGAAAAGCAAAUAAUUAAAAGUCAUUCUUCUAGAACUUAGUAUUUGGGCCCUCAGAUAUCUUAAGAACAUUGUUCCAUGAUGCUUGAGAUUUGUUAUAUCAGGUGUGCUUCUUCAUCUGACAUCUUUUUAUGAUAAAACAUUCUAGACUGAAGUGUAACUUUGGACCAGUAAUCUUAAGAAUGUAGUUUCAGAUGGGCAUUUGGGAUUCUACCACUUCACUUCCUCUUCACUCUCCCAUUUUUCUUUCAGUGAGACUGAGGAUAUAAGGUGAGGAGGUGGAUUAAGGUGAGUACUCAACAUCUAUUCCAUGUUUCCUCCCUCCUCUUUUUUGAAAGCAGUGAUUAACGGUAAAAGGGAAGUCAAGGGAUUCAGUUUUUUGUUUAUAGAGGUCUUCUAAAGUAAAAAUAUCCCUCAUCCUGGGGCAUAAAGCUCAGGACAAUGUUUUUUUUUUGUUGUUGUUAACUUUGAAAUCUAGUCAUUCAGGAAUUAUGUUUUCUAUUUCUUGAAUGACUGCGUGUGAACUCUUUGGAGAUCAGAAUCCCUGUUGCAGUGGAGGGAAUGACUCACUGAAAUAGAUAGCCUUUCAAGCUUAUGGAAGAUUCAAUUUGCAGUGCUCUGAACAUGUCUCAAGUAUUAUAAACUGGUAUUUAAAAUGCUUGUAAAUAUUAUUUAUGUUUUUAAUUUUGUAAAAUAAAGAUUUGUUUUUAACCACCGG